CUGAGUCUGUGAACAGACUUCCUUCUGCCUGAACAACUGGCCCCCAGGCUGCUUCUCCAGGUCUGUUUGACAGCAUAGUUGCCUCCUGCAGAACAACUCUGCCAGAGACGCCAGAGGAGCCCAGAGGUUGUGCUAGAGCUGUACUACAAACCCACAAGAGGUCCCAGCUGCUCUCAAGACCGUGCAGACGAACACUGGAAUAUCCCACACAGACUGAUCUCUGUGCUCUGAAGCCCAGCAGGCACUGUGAUCUUGAACAGCUGUUUCGGAAACAGAGACAAAAAUGAGCAGCUUGCUCUUUCCAUCUGAGAUGCGAGUUUCAUAUUUCAGCUCCUCCUUCACAUUCCAGGCCUGCCCAGACUCUCUUCCAAAGAUUUCAAAAAUGGAGCCUUUUACAACUACUUAUCCUCUGAAAUACUCAGCGCCCAAAGCCAGGGUCGUUGUGGUCUUUCUGUCAGUGGUUUUGUGUACCACCAUUCUCUGCCUGCUACAGCUCAGAAUUUUUAAACCUAAAAUCAAAGAUUUUUAUUCUUUUGAAGUCAAAGAUUCACGAGGAAGGAACAUUUCCUUGGAGAAGUACAGAGGGAAAGCAACUUUAGUUGUAAACGUGGCCAGUUACUGCCAAAACACACACAAAAAUUACAUCGCACUGCAAGAGCUACACAGAGAGUUUGGUCCCUCCCACUUCACUGUGCUGGCAUUUCCCUGCAACCAGUUCGGAGAAUCAGAGCCUAGUUCAAGCCCGGAAAUAGAAUCUUUUGCAAAAGGAAACUAUGGAGUAACCUUCCCCGUUUUCCACAAAAUCAAGAUCCUAGGAUCGGAAGCAGAUCCUGCCUUUAAAUUUCUAAUAGAUUCUUCAAAGAAAGAGCCUCGAUGGAAUUUCUGGAAGUACCUUGUUAGCCCUGAGGGUAAAGUUGUGAAAUUCUGGAGACCCGAAGAGCCAGUACAAAGUAUCAAGCCAGAAGUAGCAGCAUUAAUCAGGCAGAUUAUCAUGAAAAAAAGAGAGGACCUCUGAAAAAGCCAUUUAUACUGUGAAUCUAUUCAAUAGCAUGGAUACACAGCCUUUGUACAUUCCUGGGAAAUGUUGCUAGAAGCUAAACCAUCAGGUGAUUUUACUACUCUUUAGUGUUGGUAUUUGCAACCAAUAUGGUUGGUAAUAUGUCUGUUAAUGCUGGAUUUGCCCCUGCAAUAGCCUUGAGAAGGACUGAGUUUACUGAGAUGGCAAGGUACUAAGUACCUUGCAGGAUGGACCUUCAAUCUACAUAAGGUUUCUGAAUGUUGCUUUUUUUUUAAUUGCUGAUAAUUGAUAAUUCAAUUGUCACCAGCAGAGAGAUAGCUGGAAAGAAGAUUAUUAAUAAAUUACUCAGUAUUUGCACAGGUUUCUUUCCCAUCUACCAGUAACAAACAGAUUUUGAUAUUCCAUUAACACAUACUUGCCCUGUUGAAGCAUAUGGAGCCCAGAGGCAUCCAUGGCAGGGUCUUUAGAGGCAAAUGUAACUGAAGAGACUAGCUUUGCAGCAUUCUCUCGAUGAAGACUACAGAAUUGUGAAGCUGUCAGUUGUAAAAAAACUGUACAUAGAGAAUGAUAAAUGUAAAAAAAAAAAAUUGCAGAAAUGUUUUCUUGCCUGCUUUAUGUUUUGAUUCACUUUACAUUUCACCUUUAGAGCAAUACCCUUUAACUCUUUAGCCGUCUCUAUACAUUUGCACCAAGGUACUGUGCCUUGACUGUGAGCUCCUCUCCUAUUGGAUUCCUGGUUUUCUCACCUGGGUGAAGGCAGGGCCUGUGUGAAUAUAAAUGGUUGUUUACAGAAGGAUUCAAGGUGCAAUGAAAAUCAGGAGUCUGGGACUCUCACAGAUGUGUUUCUGAGGCUGUCCAAGACAAUACUCCCCAACCAUCUGCCUACCUACCUCCCAUCUUUAGAAUAAAAAGACAGUCUUCAUGCAGAGGUAGAAGAAAGAGGAGAAGGUUCACAGUUCAAGCUCCACUCCUCUCACCUUGCGAUCUCCCCAGUCCUACAUGUAACUGCAAAUCCAUUGCCAGUUCUGCUCCACUGUUCUAUUACAAACUGCCAAGUGUUUUGAUUUAUCUGUUUGAAAAAGGGAGAUAGUAAAUUUGAAUAAGAAAUGUCACUCCAGAUGUCCAAGUCCUAAUGGAGGGGUGAGAGAAUAGAAAUGAGAGAAACCUAUGUCUCGGAAAAGUUUUCUACAUGAGAAGGAUGGAUAGCAUUAGUGCAGUCGUCUUGUAAAACUAACUGAAAAUAACUAAAGUGCUUCAAAACUUUUCCUAAUAAAGAUAACCACUUAACUGUAUUAAAAAGGUGAGAAAUUGAAAAGCAAUUUUAAAAAAAAAAGGUAUUGAAUUAAUUGACAAUUUCACACACAAAAAAAAAACCCAAAACCAACAAACUCUGAAGAAUAAGGACAUUAAAAUGUUUUAAAAGAUUGAGUAAUGAUACUGAUGUGAAAGAUUCAACAAAGUCACCAUCAAUAGUGACAAAGAUAAUUUUGGAACAGGGCUCAAACCUUGGCAAUUUUGGCCACUCUAACUUUCAGAGAUCAGCUAAGGAUUAUACAAAAAGUUUCAUUAGUUGAAAUCAGCCUGCUGCUGUUGUUUUAGACCAGCCUCUGAGCUAUUUGCCAUUAUCCCACAAGAUUCCACAUCAAAUAUGUCAAGACAGUUCCUAUUCUUAGGCUAGGGUUCUGUAUUUUACUCCAGUCUCCUCCAGCAUGUGUUGUUCCAGCCUUGAGAACAUUUAGUGGAACAUGUCAGGUGAUUUUUGUCUCAUGUCUCUGCUGCUUUGAUGGAGCAGAAAGGGAAUUCAGAUAAGGACUGUCUCCCCUCACUGGGAGCAAUCUACAUUCCAUGGAACUAAGUGGAAGAACAAAAUGCUUUUCCUAUGAAGGAUUGAAUAUCUUAACUUGAAAAGGCUCACAUCUAAAAUAUGUGUGUCCACUCUUGUGUACUCCUAUAGUUCCCUGUUUGUUGUAUGACUGAAUAAAAAAGGGUAUAGGUAUAAAGAAAUGUUGGGCACUGUAACACCUAAAAAAAGGUCUAUUUUAGUCCUGGUAUUGCCUUAGAGUUAUUCAGCACGUGAGAAAUUUCAUUUGGGUUCCUAAAAUACCCUACGAAGGAUAAACAGAGCAGUAUCAUUUUCUAGUUUGGAAAGGAUCAGGAGGGAAGGGAAUGUGCACACCUUGCUUGUGACUCACUCACUAAAGGACACAGCGUAAUCUUAAAUAUCCCAAUGCCAGCAUUAAGAUCAAAUGUCUUUCCUGGUAUUCAGAAAUAGCAUGUGAUAUUAGCCAAUGACUGGACAGAAUUAUUUAACUCACUCCUACUUGAAUUAAGUUUACUCAGGAGUCCUAGAAAAAGAGUGUUUUGUCUGACAACACGGUCAUGAAAUUUCUCAUUUCACUAUUUGGUCACAAUCCACUACAACUAUCUUCUGAAGAAAUUUGAAUGUAGGUACCAUUCUGUCCUGAAUCUACACAAUUUAAGUUUUUCAAAAUUUACUGUAAAUUAGCAUUCAUACAAAAACUCAAUGUAUUUGUAUUACUUAUACGUCAUGAGACAUGCCAGCUCUUCCAAUACAACACAUAGGGCAGAUCAUUGAUAAACUAAUAAUUUCUUUCUUCUGGGGUAAAAAUAAAGCAUCUUUAAUAGACAAAUCUACAUAGACUUGGAAAGGCAAAUAAAUUAAAUGAAAAUUAGAACACUGUUAUACAAGCUCAUACUUACCUAUAGUCAAAAGCCAAGAAAGUAAUAUGAAUACCUGUUCAUAUAAAUAUCCACUUACUGUUAAUUUAAAAUAGAGCAUAUAAAAAAUAUAAACUCCAUAACUGUGGACAGAUUGAAACUUAUUUCUUGGAUUCCUUAAUAAUCCUACCAAUUUAAGAUAAAACCACCCUCCUAAAACAGUUAACCGAGUUCAGUCCAUGAGUGUUAAAGUUAUGUCAUCAUCAUUUCUUCAUAACCUAACCUAUUACAUCCUUCAUCCUAACCCUUCAUUCCUAUCUCAUCCUUCCUUCACUCCUUAGGCCUGACAUAUCUUUAUUUUCUCAAACAGAUACCACUUAACUGUGAGCUUCUCGAGAUUAUCUGGGAGUGCAAAUAUUCUAAAUCACCACUAGGUGAUACCAGGACAUGUUCCUGUUCCUUCAAGUACUGUCACAAAACCCUUGUUUGCUGAGCCAACACAUCAAUGCUCCUUUAAACACUUAGUGGUGUAAGAGAAACAUAUUCAUAUGGGAUUCAAACCUGAAGUCUUACUUAAUAGUUUCAUAAUUGAGUAGAUUCUUUAGAAGCCAGUUAGGUUACCUGCAUAAAUGUGUGAAAUACAGUUACAUUUAGUUUUAUAUCCUCAGUCACACUUAAUUUUAUACCGUCUUCACUCAGUCUGCCUAACAUAGCACAGCUCCUUUCAGUCAGGGGAAAUAGGCAGGCAUUGGACCCCAUACCAGCUAAGGAUCUCAUGAGAUAUUUAUAACAGUGUUUGUAUUCUUGUCUCAACAAUGAUGUGCUAAUGUGGCAGUGUAGUCAGUUGCUGGUGUGUGAAGAACAGCUAACUAACAAUACACUGCCUAAUCACCACACACAACAGUAGGAUCACCCUGAUUCUACAGAUUUUCACAAACACUGAUGUUAUUUGUCUUCUUAGGAGACCUUCACUUUUUAAGCCACAUAUAGCAGCACCCAGAUAAAACAAGUACUAACAAAUAAUUUCUUCUGCACUCUGUAGGUGACUGAAGUGCCAAGAUGAGGACAAAGUUAACACUGUUGGCUUUGGCAGUAUGCUUGAUAGAAGCUUGCUGUGUAACAUUAAUCAAAAAGAUCAAUGUGCUUCCAGCCUUUAUUCUUCUAAGUAUAAUAUUGUGUCCAAUUAAAACUGUGUCUUCUGGU